AUGUUUAACCAAAUCGAAGGAGGGCCGAAACUGAUGGUUCACUGCAAGUCCAGGCAAGACGAUCUGGGAGUGCGCUGGUUGGAACCGGGAAAGAGUUUCGAGUGGUCCUUCCACCCGCACUUUUUUGCAAAGACUUUGUACUUCUGCGCCUUCCGCUGGGAACACGGAGCUCAUCUUGUUUGGUUUGACAUCUACAAACAACAGAGGGACGAAGAAGUGUGCAAACAGUGUCAAUGGGCCAUCAGGAGAGAUGGACCGUGCUUGGCCGUAUCGGGUUCCGAAAUGUGUUAUCAUUAUAGGGACCAUCUUCAGUUAGACAACGAGCUCUUCUAG